CUUUACUUGAACCCUUAAAAGAUGUCAGCCGCAGUCGCCAAUGACGUUCCUAUAAAGGUGGAACCCACAGUCCAAAAAACUCACCAAAAGCAAAGAAAAAGAAAUAAGAAGAAGUCCAAGAAGCAACGUCAACUCGAAGAAGAAGCUAAACGUAAAGUUAAAAUAGAAGAAAAUGAUGAACCACUCGAUGAUGUUGAAAUCGAAUACGUUGUUCAACCUGUCGAUGUUUCAGCUUUAAAAAAUAUGGACGGCAUGUCAAAUCUGGAUGAAAACACUCUUCAACAAUUCUCAGACAUCUUUAAACAUUUCCAAACUGGUAAACCUGAGCAAGAUGACGAAGAAUUUCCCGUUCUCGACAAUACCGAAGAACAACCCCAAGAUAAAGAAGGUGAAUCCGACGAAGAGCACGAAUCAGAUCAACCUUUAUCAAAGAAAAAAAUGAAGAAGGUUCAACGUUUAACUGUAGCUGAAUUAAAACAACUUGUAAAGAAGCCUGAAGCAGUUGAGUGGUGGGAUGUCACAGCUACAGAUCCAAGAUUAUUAGUAGCAUUAAAGUCAUAUCGUAAUACAGUUCCUGUCCCUGCUCACUGGAGUCAAAAGCGUAAAUAUCUUCAAGGCAAGCGUGGUAUCGAAAAGCCACCAUGGGAAUUACCUGAUUUCAUCAAGGACACAGGUAUUAUGGAAAUGCGUGACGCAGUGAAAGAAAAAGAAAGUGCGGCAGGUUUAAAGAGUAAAAUGAAGGAGAAGGUGGCGCCCAAGAUGGGUAAAUUAGACAUUGAUUAUCAAAAAUUACACGAUGCAUUUUUCAGAUUCCAAACAAGAUCAAAAUACACAAUGCACGGUGAACUUUAUUACGAAGGAAAAGAGUUUGAGACCAAAUUAAAGGAACAAAAACCAGGUCAAUUAUCAGAAGAAUUGAAAGAAGCUCUGAAUAUGCCUCCAUUGGCUCCCCCUCCUUGGUUAAUUAAUAUGCAACGUUACGGUCCUCCUCCUAGUUAUCCUAGUCUCAAAAUUGCUGGUUUAAAUGCACCGAUACCCGAAGGUGCUCAGUGGGGUUAUCAUCCUGGUGGAUGGGGUAGACCUCCUGUUGAUGAAUUCAAUCGUCCUCUUUAUGGUGACGUAUUCGGUGUCACUCAACCUAACGCAGCACCACCAGAGAUUGUUGAACCUGUAGAUAAAAAGAUUUGGGGUGAACUUGAAUCUGAAGAUGAAUACGAGGAAGAAGAAGAGGAAGAAGAAGAGGAAAGCGAAGCUGAAGAGGAGGAAGAGACCGCUGAAGUUGAAAGCACUGAUCUUGCUGAUGGUUUAGUCACUCCAUCCGGUAUGUCUUCUAUCGCUUCUGGCUUAGAGACUCCAGAUCACAUUGAACUUCGUAAAGAUCGUGUUAGAGAUGAAGAUGAGGGACCAAAACAACUUUAUCAAGUAUUACCAGAGGUUCAGAAAAAUAUUUCUGGUUUCAUGGGUUCUCAGCAUGGAUACGAUCUUACAACCGUCGAUAAACCUAUUGCCAAUGUGCCACCAGGAAGAUCUCAAUCAUCAAAACGUAAAGUUGGUGAAAAUGUGGAUGUCACAAUCGAUCCUAGUGAACUUGAAAGUGGAUUGGAUGAAGCUACUUUACGUGCUAAAUAUGACGCUCAAAUGAAGGCUAAAAAGCCUGUCGGCGUCGAAGAGGAUUUAUCAGACAUGUACGCUGAGCAUGCUAGUAGACAAGCAAAGAAAGCAAAGACACAGGAUAGUAGAAAGGAAGGAAAGAAGAAGGAAUUCAAGUUUUAAAAAAAAGAAAUAUACACAUCCUUUCUUUUUUUUUUUUUUUG